UUUUUGACACGUUGGUACUUGAUUAUCAAUGCGCUAUCAUGUGUGACAGUGACAGGUGUCAAAUUUGAUGUUUCCAAAUAAACAAUACUCCAAACAGCUCCAAGAUGGGUAAAACAUCAAAAGUGGUAAUAUGCGGCAUGAAAGGGGUUGGUAAAACCGCAGUUUUGGAGCAAGUAAUUUAUGGCAAUAUAACCUCGAAGAGUGAGUUGCAUUCUACUAUCGAAGAUAUCUACAUUGCUAAUAUUGAAUCGGAUAAAGGUACAAGAGAAAAAGUUCGUUUUUAUGAUACUGCGGGCCUAGAACCACUCCAAACGGCUACUGCUAAUGGUACUACCAACCAACAGCUUCCCAGGCACUAUUUGGCGAUUGCUGAAGGUUAUAUUUUAGUUUAUGAUACCGAGAAAUCAGAAUCGCUUGAUAUAUUGGUGUCUCUUAAGAAGGACAUUGAUAAGAAUAAAGAUAAGAAAGAGGUUACUAUGAUUGUGAUAGGAAACAAAUUCAAAGAUACUGAUAGUACGGAAUUUGAAUCUACAUUGAGUAAAGCCACAGCUUGGUGCAAUAGAGAGAAAGUACGACAUUUUUCAGCCUCUGCAAUGCAUAGAAUUACGUUAUAUGAGCCUUUUGUUCAUAUUACAAGUAAGUUGAAUCCUCCACCUAGUAAAAGUACGUUUACGCCUUUAUCUAUGGGGAGAAAGAUCAAAGAUCAAAGUUAAUUUUUUAAUACUCACUUCAAGGCUAUAAAUAUGAUAUAUUUAUUUAUUCUGUCUAUUGAUUAUAUAACUCAUGAAUCUGUUUAAUAAAGACUUUUUAAGA